GGAGGGAGACGUAUAUGCUGUACAACAAACGGUCAGAGUUCUACAGCUGCUUUGAAGCCAUGUUGAAUGAAGCAGCCUCCCGAAUGUUUCACUUCUGGUCUCAGGAUAUUCCACCUGACAAGGAGGACGGCAACGCUCUGGGUGCCAUUUUGUAUGACGUCAGCACUUCCGGGCGAAAGAACGUGCUUCUGAUGACAAGUGAGGAUAUAGUGGAGGUCAUCCUGGACAAGGCUGCCGACAUGCUGCUGCUUACGCCGCACAGCCGCUGGAUCGUAACAAGCUUCGAUGUCCAUGAAAGUCAGUUGCAGAGUGCACGGAACAGUGGAGCCCUCCUGACCCUGCUUCGCCCCUUCCCUGAGACACCCCCACCCUGGGGACGUGAUGCACCUGAUGGACAGCUGUCUUACAGGACGCGGCUGGCUUUGGACGCAGUCAAGCUCGUGUCUAGCCUGUCUCCGGACCUUGUCACGGGGUACUCACGGAUGUCGGAUAAGAGUGACUUGGUUCAGGGAAGCCUGAACUGCCGUACCGGAUUGAAAAACUAUAUACCCGAGCAUACUGUUUUCCAGAAUGACUUUUUGGGAUUCAGUGGCCAAGUGUCCUUUGAUAGCUGCGGGAAGAGAAAGAAUGCGACGGUCUACAUCCAUGAACAUCUUCAAGGAAAGUCCAAGCAGGUCGGGACCUGGAACCCGGAAGGCACGACAUUGCUUCAUCACAAAUGGCAGAGACCCGUCAACAUUCACCUACUAUCGGGACGACACCUUCAUGUCUAUGGCGUUUUCAGCAAACCAUUCUUCAUGAAGAAACCAGACAAAAGUGGUGAGGUUGGGUCCAAUCCGUACCACGGCUAUCUUGUGGACCUGCUGGAGAUGCUGGCUUCGCGCCUGAACUUCACCUGGGACAUCACGGGGGUGGGUGGCAGCGGGAAUUUACUGACUACACUCAAUUCAGGGAAGUAUGACCUGGUGUUGAAUGGAAUUCCCAUGCGCCCUCGGUACCACGGACAAAUAGAGUUUUCCAUUCCACUCACCACACGCGGGUACUUCCUCACCAUGAAGAAGCCAAAUCGUCUGCGGGAUCAAGGCAUCUUCGAAUUUUUGAAACCAUUUUCUAGAGAGGUGUGGUUCUCAUUUGUGGCCGCCGCUGUGGGAGUGAGUCUUGUCAUGGCGGCAAACGGCCGUCUGAACCCGUACGAGUGGUCCAAGGCAGCUGGGCGGGGAGAGGUGUCAGAGGAGGAGGCAGACAACCUCAGCCUCGUCAACAGUCUCUGGUCUUCUUAUGGAGCGGCUGUGAGCCAAGGGCAGGAGUUUCUACCCCGAUCAGCGACAGGAAGAGUGAUAGCUGGAACCUGGUGGUUCUUCAUACUGGUUAUCAUCGCGUCUUACACCGCCAACUUAGCUGCCUUCCUGUCCAGACCUUCAGCUGAGCGGAGCAUCAGGAGCCUGGCUGAUCUGGCUCGUCAGACGGACGUGCCGUAUGGGACCUACAAGGGAUACACCUUCGUCAAGUUCUUGAAGAAGUCUCAGGAGGAACCUUUUAAGACCAUCGGUCGAUAUCUCGACACAAAUUCAGAUGAGGUUCUCUUCAACAAGUCCCGUCAGGCAUUUGAGCGCGCUGUCAAGGGCGACUUUAUCUUCAUCUCCCCCACCGGCACAUUCGAGUACGAGAUCCUCAACGAGAGGUGCGACAUGGUCAUCCUCACCGACGAGUACUUCUUCAAGUUUAAGUCGGCACUUCCGUUUCCGCUUGAUUCACCUUACCGGGCAGAGGUCAACGAGGCCCUGAUGGACAUGGUAGAUAACGGGCAGAUGGACGUACUUCAGAACAGGUGGUUGAACAAGAAGAAGUACAAAUGUUACACUGGUUCAAAAGAAGGAGACGGUGUAUUGGACUUGGAGCAUCUGGAUGGGAUAUUCUUCUAUCUCAUGCUUGGAACAGGUGUUGCCAUGGUGAUCUCUUUUCUGGAAUGGUUUCAUUUCAGAUGCAAGAAAAGUGGCAGAUCUAGUAACAAUGGGCCCAGCGAACCUGCCACUUAAAGUAACGUCAUUAUUAGAGGGCUGUCGCAUUGGGACAUUAUUUGCAUGCAGGAGAAAGAAAACAGUCAGCAGCAACGAAGUAGUCAAUCACAUUCAUUAAUCUAUUUAUUUCUGUAUUCAAAAGAUCCGGGUAGCGACUACAAUAUCUUGUUAAACUUUGAGGGUAUAGAACAUAGGAAAAAUUGUAACAUUAGUUACAUUACAGAAACUCAGCAUAUAUGCAGAGAUGUAUCGAAUGAUAUCAUAAUAAGGAUGAAUAAAACAAGAUAUACAAAUAUCAGACAUACAGAAGAGUUUAUAUACAAAACCUCAAUAUCAGAGUCGUAACCAAAAAUCAACUUCAAUACUGUUCCGUAUUGUCAUAUCAUAUCUUCGAAGGUCAAAGGUCUCUGUGUCACAGCUGCUCAUACAGCAGAUAUGUCACUGGACUGCGCUAAAUUGCGCCAAUUUGCGAUUAAACCCCAAUUUUACCUUUAAAGGCCAUGCUGAAUUGAUUAUAUGGAUAACAUCCGCACAAGCAUCAAUUUUCGCCCGCGCCCCCCCCCCCAAUUUUUUUUUAUUGUACUGUAAAUAGUACAGCGCAGCUGCAAAGUAAGCAAGUAUAAGAACAAAAAUUAACAUCGCGCCUUCUUGCCAAUUGCGGGUUUUCCGGUGCCACUUUCAGGAGCCACUUUGCGAAUACCUUUCACACAAAAUAGCGCAGCCCAGUGAGAUACUUUCUUUAGGUUUAUAGUUUUAGGUGGACACGAAUGGCUUCUGAUCAUGAGUGAUAUAACCUAUCAAACUUGCUAUUAUCACAAUAAAGAUAUAAUCAUGUCAAUAUAUAAAUGCUUCCGACUAAUAUUGCGAAACUACAAAGACAUGGCAAGGAUUAUAGUUAUUCAUAAACUAAAGCAUGUUGCAUGUGAAACCCGCCAAGUGUAUCACACAUGUUUACGAAUUCAGACACCCAGAUACAGUUUAUAACAUAUAACUCUAUAACUAUCUAUGAUAAAUGAUGAUAAGAAACUGUAACGCUUCCUGUUAAAAGUACAGACCGUGUUGUAUUCCCAGGCCACCUGGUCAUUGAACAACGCUGAAUAAACUACUCUACUGAA